UAUUAAAUCUGUAUGUUGCUAUUUUGGGCGGCUUGGACCAAGGGACCCUGAAUCAAUUGGCGGAUGAGCUAGCGUCCAACGUUGCCUUCUGGAGUUGACUCAACGACAGGACGUCCCUGCCACCAGCACGUCAUGCCACUCAAACGAAGAGGACCGGAGCCGGUGAAUACGCAAAAUUGUGGGGUGACCAGCACGCAUGGUGGGGAGACCUCCAGCGCGACGACAAAAGCGAGAAGGUAACGCUCCUGUCUAACUUGAUGUCGCCUAAGGCAAGUGUAGAUCUCAGAAGGGUCCAGCACAUGCGCGGUCUUCGGCGCUGCCAAGCUGUCCGCAAAGGGCAGGCCAAAGCGCAUGAUCACCAGGCCUCAGCUCUCGAUAUGAAUUCCUGAGCUCUGUGUUUGCCCCUCAUGGCAUUCGCUCCUCCGUAUCUUCAAUCGUAAUUGCGUACGAUAUGAGUUCUGUGUCGAGUGCCUCGACGGGCACCACGAUCGACCCCAGCCAGUACCCCGCCGAACGACAACCUCAGAACAAGUCUCCGAAAACGCUCCUUUACCGUCUUUACAUCUCCCACACUCUUUCGACUUGGAAUGCGCGAACCUUUGAAUUCGGCGCAGUCAUUUUCCUUGCCGCCAUCUUUCCUGGAACUUUAUUUUUUGCAUCUUGUUAUGCGCUGUUCAGAUCGGCCGUCGCCGCAGCCCUCGGGCCCUGGGUUGGCAGCUUAGUCGACAGCAAGAACCGCCUUCAUGUAGUGCGCCAAAGUAUCGUAUGGCAGAGGAUUUCCGUCGCUUUGUCAUGUCUUCUUCUUGUUGCGCUGCUGGCCGGCAAUCCCCAAAAUGGCUGGAUCCUCUACGGGCUUUUCGCUGCAAUUGUCGCGCUAGCAGGUGUGGAGAAGCUGGCCUUCGUCGCCAACACCGUAGCCGUCGAAAGAGAUUGGAUUAUCGUGGUCUCUGACAAUUUGGGUGUCGAGAGACAAGAGCUGAACAGUGCAAUGCGCCGGAUUGAUCUGAUUUGUAAACUCAUCGCACCCCUCGGCAUCGGUCUUUUGGACGGAUACUCCACGAAAGUCGCCAUAUGGGUCGUCUUCGGCCAGAAUGCCAUCAGCGUGCUCGCCGAAUACUUCGCCAUCGCGCAAGUCUACUCGGCGAUUCCUGAGCUCGGACAAGGGAAACAGCAAAACGCCACUGAAACACCACGAUCACCCGGUGGGACACCCAUCGUCCCGUCCCGCUCCACACUGAAUACUAUCAAAGACAACGUUCGCCCAUGGAAAGAAUACUUCCAAAACCCCGCCUUCCUGGCAUCCUUUUCUCUAUCAUUGCUAUACCUUACGGUCCUGAGCUUCGCCUCUCAGAUGACUACGUAUCUCCUAACUGUCGGUUUCACCAGCACCCACGUAUCUAUCAUGCGUCUUAUCGCCGUCAUCCUCGAGCUCAGCGCUACAUGCGCUGCACCAUUGCUCAUGUCCAGGAUUGGCGCUGUGCGCUCUGGCCUUUGGUUUAUCAACGAGCAGCUCUUCUCCAUCAUCGCUGCGAUCAGCUUUUUCGCGGCCACCACUUCCUCAACCAAUCUCAAACUCGCCGGCCUCGCACUCGUUGCCGGUGUCUGUUUGUCUCGUCUUGGCCUCUGGGGCUUCGAUCUCUGCGUGCAGUAUCUGGUGCAAGAAGAUGCACCUGAGGCGACACGCGGCUCAUUCAGCGCAAUCGAGAUGUCGCUGCAGAACUUCUUCGAGCUGCUGAGCUUCGCGACAACGAUGAUCUUUUAUCGACCAGAAGACUUCAAAUACCCCGUGUACAUAAGCGCAGGCGCCAUAGCGCUGAGUGCGGCGUGCUUUGCGGGCUUCGUGAGGCAGAAGCGAGGACACUUGCUGCACACAAGCAAGUGCCUGAAAAGGUUUGGCAAGAGCGGUCGAUAUCAGAUCCUGCCGACCAUCGAGGAAGAAGUAGAAUUAGAAGUCAACAUCGUCGAAGAAAGACGCUCAUAGAUACCCAAUCAAUUCCUCUAUCCCCAUGACCUUGCACAA